UGAUUACCACCUUAUGUAAAUCUUCCCAUACUCAUUGGUUCCGCUUGAGCUCUGCAGGUUGAGGUGAGAGUGUUUCUCAUCACCAUCAUCAGCUGGGAGGUUUAAAAGGGGCAUGCUGCCAGCACUUCGACGCCUGAGUGUUUUGCCUUUGUGUUCAGUUUCUAGACCAAGCUCAAGCUCCUGUGGAGAACUUACCCGACCACGCCUUCCACGCCAAGACUUCAAGUUUGGAUCCCACGUCAAGUUCCAGCAGGCAGCAACUGAACUCCUUACCUCCAGCUUCCACCGAGCGAACCCUGUCCACCCUCCCGCGAGUGGCACCUCAGGACUCCGUCCUAAAGAAGAAGCACCAGAUCUAAGUUCUGAUUCCAGAAAGGAAGGUCAGCAGAAUCUACGUAACCCAGGCUCACUAAGGCUUACCAGACCCGGAACGUUAUUCCUCCCGACGGACCAUCCACUACUGCAAACUGUAAGCAGUAGGAUGGUGUCUGGAGAGGCAGGAGGGCACAGCUACUUGGUGGCAUGCUGGCAGCCCAUCCUGAUCCUGAUGCUGGGCACUGUCCUUUCAGGUUCCACUACUGGCUGCCCUUCAAAAUGUGACUGCAAUGGCCAGGAGCGUUCCGUUGUCUGUCAUCGAAGAAGGCUGGCAGCUCUUCCAGAGGGCAUCCCUACUGAAACAAGAUUACUAGACCUCAGCAAAAACCGUCUGAAGACUCUGGGGCCUGAGGAGUUCAUUAAUUACCCUCAGCUGGAGGAGCUGCAACUGAACGAAAACACUAUAUCAUCCAUCGAGCCCGGGGCUUUUAGCAACCUAAUGAACCUUCGAACUCUAGGCUUGCGCAACAACGAGCUAAAGCUCAUUCAGCUAGGAGUGUUCACAGGCCUGACCAAUCUCACACAGUUGGAUAUAAGUGAGAACAAAAUUGUAAUUUUGCUUGACUAUAUGUUCCAAGAGCUGUACAACCUGAGGUCUUUGGAAGUUGGGGACAAUGACCUAGUCUUCAUAUCGCACAGAUCAUUUCAUGGUCUCAGCAAUCUCGAAAGCCUCAACAUUGAAGGGUACAAACUGAGCUCAGUUCCCACUGAUGCCCUUAGCCAUGUUCAUAACCUGUUAUCACUUCGAUUACGUUAUCUGAACGUCACUGACAUAAGGGACUUCUCCUUUAAAAGGCUGUAUCGACUGAGAGUACUGGAGAUUGCUCAUAUGCCUGCCUUGAAUAUUAUGGCCUCACAAAGCCUGUAUGGACUUAACCUCACAUCAUUGUCUAUCUCAUACUGUAAUCUGUCUGCCAUCCCCUAUGAAGCCAUCAGUCAUCUCAGAUAUCUCCGGUUUUUGAAUCUGUCUUUCAAUCCUAUUCAUACUGUUGAAGGAAACCGACUCUUUAGUCUACAAAAGCUCCAGGCAUUUCACUUAGCUGGCGGAGAAUUGGUGGCUAUUGAGCCUUACUCUUUCCGUGGACUCAACCACCUCCGUAUUCUUAAUGUGUCAAGAAAUAGCUUGAGCACCCUUGAGGAAUCUGUUUUUCACUCAGUGGGAAACCUGGAGACCCUGGCUUUGUAUGAAAACCCUCUGGCUUGCGACUGCCGCUUGCUAUGGGUCUUCCGCCGGAGGUGGAGGCUUAACUUUAACAAACAGCAGCCCAUUUGUGCUUCACCUGAGAUUGUGCAAGGAAAAGAGUUCAAAGAUUUCCCAGACGUACUGCCUCCUGACUACUUCAUAUGUCAGAAAUCAAAGAUUGUGGAUUACAAGGUUCUGGAAAACCAUGUGGAUGAAGGAACUACUGUUCAUUUCACUUGCAAGGCUGAGGGUGAUCCCGCUCCAGUGAUAAUGUGGCUAUCGCCCAAGAAGGAGUACAUUACUACAAAGACUAUGGGGUCAAGACUUUCUGUAUCCAGAGAGGGUACACUGGAGGUACGCUAUGCCCAGAUCCAGGACAAUGGCACUUACACGUGCAUUGCAAGCAAUGCAGCUGGCAAUGACACCAAAGCUGCUCACCUUUUUGUGCACAGCUACUCCCCGAAUUGGCCCCACCAGCCAAACAAGACAUUUGCUUUUAUUUCCAACCAGCCCAGUGAUGAAGGUGCUAAUGUGACCAGGACCACAGUUCCAUUCCCAUUUGAUGUGAAGACACUUAUCAUUGCUACUACCAUGGGCUUUAUCUCUUUUCUUGGCGUGGUCCUCUUCUGUCUUGUAAUAUUAUUCCUCUGGAGCAGAGGGAAAGACAACACAAAGUCAAGCAUUGAGGUUGAAUAUGUGCCACGUAAAGAGGACACAGAGGAGGCCAGUCCAACUGAGGCACCUGUACAAUUCAACAUGAAAAUCAUGUGAACUCUUAAAGGAGGUCAUGUAAGCUUACAAACUGCAGUCAGGAUGCAUACUGUUCUUGUCUAAAACAUGUAAUCCGUUUGUGAGCAAUAGCACAGCAGCAAAUGUAUCUAGACACUAUACCUUUGACAUUUUGUUUAAUUCAGGGACUGAAUCUUUAAAAAUAAAUGUUGGACAUUGCUUCAGAUUUCUGUACAUGUAUGUACUGUACAAUAUGUUAACAUGCACAUAAUUACAUGAUUUCUGUGUGGUACCAAAAACAGAUUACAUAUGAAUAAAGCACAGUUACAGUAUAUGACAAGCAGAUUACUACAGUGAAGAAGUUGAAUAUUAUUUUGGGUAUAUUCUUUGUUUCUGUUGGCUAUUUUAAAGUUGUUAAAAGCACAGCAACCUGUUAUAUGAGCCCAUACUUUCUUGCCUGAAAUACUGAGAUCAAAGCAAUCUUUUUUUUGUUUUUUCAGUCAAAGGCAAAGUACAACACAAGAGCUUUCCUUUUAGGUUGCCAUAUUUUUUUUUACAAAUUAUACAUGUACUUUGAAGAAAUAGACCCUACAAUUGCAAAAAACAAAGACUAAAAAAGUACUUAUGGCUUUCAGUAGUGUAAUUUCAUAUAAUAAACAACAUACAGCGGUUUGUUAAUUAUGGACAGAACAGUCUGUCAACAGUGGCCUUUCCAAUAUUUUUCAAAAUCAUUUAAUCAGUUGAUUAAAAUUGCUCCCAUCUCUCUCAAAAGGUGAGGCAUUUGGCUAACCUGGUGACGUUACAGUUGAAAGUGUGCAUGUUACCACACUAGAUGAGAAAAAAAUAACUUUCUGCUCCUCUCUGUCAGCAAAGGAAGAUUGUCAUUAAAUGUAUUUAAAUGUUGUGAUAUACAUACCUUUUCUGUAUUUUAUUCUUCCGUGUAUAUUACGCUAUUGCAUAAUAGUAAUGCUUUUGAUAGCUGUGGGUUUUGAGCAAUCCAAAGAGCAGAGUAAAAUAUUCAGUAAACAUGUUUUUGAUGUAUUUAACUGAAAAAGGGUGUAACUGCUUUUAGCACACAACAACACUCUUGAAAAUAUUCUGAGUAAAAAUCUUUAAAAUACAACAAUGUUGAUUUGUUCCUAUUUGACUGUUUAGAUGUCACCACAAAAGGUAGUGACAUUAUUUACUUGUUGCCUUAAGAACCAAUUUUCCAAUUUUCUCCUAAGCAAUACUCAAUAUUUAUAUGUAAUAUGGAGUUACAGGUUUCAUAAGGAUUUUAUGUUGUCCAAUUUAUUUCACAGUCAAGGUCUGCUCUUAAAAUAAUGAGUUCAUUAACCUCUAAAUACAUGUUGAAAAGCGAUGGGCAAAUGGAAAUUCUAUUAAAAUAAAGGACAUUUUAUACAA